UUCGCUUCACUCGCUCACUACAACACCCCACUUGCAUCUCGCAGUUCACACGCCACAAAAAUAAUCUUUGUACGAGCAAUACAUCCUUGAGUUCAGUUUGCAACAACAUUUCGAUCAUUUCUUGGCUUGUAAUUUAGUUGGUGAGAAGCAAGGGAGAGACAUGGAGAGCGUUGAUGGCAAUGGAGGCAGACGGUUGGUGGUGACGGAGCUCAGCCACAUCAAGGAGCUCGUGAAGCAGCUGGAGGUGCACCUGGGGUGUUCCCCUGACCUGUGCAAGCACCUGGCCUCGCAGAUCUCCUCCCUCACCGAGCGGUCCAUCGUCAUGAUCACAUCCUCCAACCUCGACGGCGGCCGGAAGCGGUCGGCGGCCGACGCCGGCCUCGCCUCGCCAAUCUCUGCGACGCCGACGCCGAGCCCCCUCAGCGACGUCACCGACGGGCCUUUCAAGAACACAAAGAAGAGGAAGAUGAUGGAGAAGUGGAAGCAUCAGGUGAGGGUGAGCACGGAGGGGGGCGGCGAGAGCCCGGUCGACGACGGCCACAGCUGGAGGAAGUACGGCCAGAAGGAGAUUCUUGGAGCCAAGCACCCAAGGGGCUACUACCGGUGCACGCACCGCCACUCCCAGGGAUGCGCGGCGACGAAGCAGGUGCAGCGCACCGAUGAGGACCCGAAACUCUUCGACGUGAUCUACCACGGCACGCACACGUGCGUUGACAAGGCGUUAGCAGCGGCGCCGGCAGGCCAAGCUGCCGCGGCCACGCAGCCGCCGGAGCACAACCCGGACGCGCACAGCCGCCUGCAGAGCCUGAGCUCGACCCUGACGGUGAAGACCGAGCGGCUCGCUGCGACAGAGCGCCAGGGCUGGAGCGCCACCACGCCCUUCUGCUUCUCCUCGACGCCGGUGAGUGGCUGCCUGGCGCCUGAGCGCAGCCCGUUCUCCGCGUCAGAGACGCUGGAGAACUGCGGAGUGUCGCCGGAGACCUCGGACUCCAACCACGUCCCCUCUUUCCCGGCGUUCGAGGCGGCCGCAAACGUAGAGUGGCGGGCGCAAUCUGAAGAAAUCCAAGAACUGGUGUCCGCGCUCGUCGAGGCCUCGACGAGCGCGCCGGAGCCCGCCGUGGACAUGGAUUUCGCCGAUGAGUUCUUCAACCUCGAUCCAAGCUUCGACAACCUCGAUCAAAGCAUUUUAAGCUACUUUGCCGAUCCUUACACACCCGAUGAACAAAAGGGAAUUGAAUUUGUUAUGAAUACGCACUUUUAGAUAUAACUAUGUGAUUAAUUAUUAAGAGUGUUGUUUAUUAAGAAGAGAUGUCUUUCCAAUAGACAUGUCCUCUCAUUAUAUCUUUUCACCAUGUAUAAAUAUGUAAACAACAUGAUCAAUAAAUACAAAAGUUCAUUUACUACUCUA